AUUCGCUCCGUCCACAAAGGUCAAAGUAAAAGACGUUCCACACCAUUCACCAGUCCCAAAGAUUAAACGUGUCGUCCCAUCAGAUAAUUCCGAGGACGGGAGCAUGUUAAUAAAACUCGAGACCAACUCUGACCUGGAAGCGGAAUCACUGGAAGAGCACGGCGUAGAAGACAUUGUUAAACUACGAACAGAAAGCAAUAAUUACAAAGGCGCUAAAAGUAAAAAUAAAAAAUCUACAGACAUCACAACUAACAGAUCAAUAAUUCUUAAAAGAACUACUGAACUGGAUUUGCAUCUACAGAAUUUACAAACGAUUAUGAGGUGUUCUAAUGCUACACCACUGAGAAUGCAUGGUAAAUGGUACACUUGCUGUUUCUGCCCUGAACAGUAUGAAAAAACAUCGGCCUUGAAAAAACACACGGUUGAGAAACAUCCAGACGGAAAAGCGGCAAUCGUCGGACGUAACAUUUCAGAACUAAUUAUAAGAGUUGAUAUAACGGGUUUAGAAUGCAACCUUUGCAAUACCAAAAUCGGUGAAUUAGAGAAAUUAACAAAGCAUUUAAGGGAAGAACACUCACAACGAAUACAUACACAGAUCAAAAACUAUAUGAUCCCUUUCAAAUUCGAUACCGGCAAUGAGCUAGCGUGCGUUAUCUGUGAACAUGUAUUCCAUAAUUUCAAGACGUUACUUCAACACAUGCAUGUGCAUUAUCCGAACUUCGUGUGCGGUUCUUGUGGCAACGGCUUCGUCAAUCAACGGAGCUAUCAAUACCACGCGAGCAGGCACGCCAACGGAGAACACAAGUGCGAGAAAUGUCAACGGAUCUUUGAUAACGACGCCAAACUAAAAGUGCACGACAGAUCCAUACAUCAGGGAUUCAACAAACGAAACAAAUGUGACUAUUGCGAAGAACGGUUUGUUGGCUAUAUAGCAAAACACGUGCACAUGAUUAAAGCUCACGGAUUGCCAGAGAUCCAAGUUAAGUGUCCUGCGUGCGAAAAGACCUUCAAAAACCAUAAAUACCUCGCCGACCACAAGCGGAUGUUUCAUAUGAUGGAGAAGAGGCACAAAUGUACAGAAUGCGAUAAAAUGUUCUUUUCUACCCGUGAAGUGAAACGACACAUGUUAACUCACACAGGGAAACGUGACUUCCAAUGUAAUAUUUGUAGUAAAUCUUACGGUAGGAAGAGUACAUUAAGGGAACAUAUGAGAAUACAUGCAGAUGAUCGCAGAUUCAAGUGUGAACACUGCGGAAUAGCUUUCGUUCAGAAAUGUAGUUGGAGGGGGCACAUGCGAUCCAAGCACGGGGAAGAAGUGUGAUCUUGGUACCCAAUUUACUUGUUCCUUUUUAAAAAUGUUUGAUAUAUGUGUAAAAAUGUCUACAAUACGAAAAAUUAAUAAUAAUAAGCCGA